AUGGUGCGAAAGCUGAAGGAAUUGCCGGAAGUGGACUUUCCAGAAAGUUUCAGUGAAAACAUCAUGAAUUUGGUCUCCGCGGGGGCACAUAGCCGAGAGCGCACGAGUGCCCGCCCGCCGCUCGGCCGCGCCACCGCGCUACCGCCGCAUGGCGCCAACCCGCCAGGUUCUUCGCGCGAUGCCAACGCGCGUGCACAACCCGCGCGCGAAAAACCCGCGCGUGAUAAAUCCGCGCCCAAAAAACCGCACGAGCACGUGACGCGUCGCCAGCCACGCGUGCAGUCCACGAAAACGUGGCGACGUGCCCCUAGCACCGUCGUGGCCGCGUUGGUGCGCGCGUACCGUCCCAGCCGGGGCAUCCGGCUACGCGCUACGACGUGCUACGGCGUGCUACGAUCGAUGCCGGAUACUCACGUUGGCACGCCAGUCAUCGGUUGCGGC